CACGUUUUCAUUUUUACCAAGGUAAUGUGAUAAAAUAUAUUAAUAACCGAGUAACAUAUUUGUUAAAAUUCUUUUAAACGGUAUGUUUGUGUUGGUGUUUCUUAUUUUUCUAAACAUUUUUGACGAUUGUUUGGCUCAUGGCAGAAUUGUGGGUGGUCGAUCUGCCAAAAUUGAAGAGUAUCCUUAUCAAUUAAGUUUAAGAUUCCGGAAUCGACAUAUAUGUGGAGCAACUCUGAUAGCCAAUAAUGUAGCCAUUACGGCAGCUCACUGUAUUCCAAUGUCUGGUUCCUAUACAGUGAAAGGUGGAUCUACUAAACUUUCUGAAGGAGGAAUAAUAAUUCCCGUUAAAACAGCUAUAUUACAUCCACAGCACAGAUCGGAAAACGAGGAUUAUGACGUGGCUAUUCUCAGACUUGAUACGCCUUUUAACUUGUCCUCAUCAAUUCAACCUGCAAAACUACCAAAAGGAAACGAACAGCUAGUCGUAGGUUGGGUUGGUAAUGUCACCGGUUGGGGUGCCAUUUCUAAUAAUUUCCCCGAUAUGUCAGAUACUCUUAGAAUGAUUGGACUGCCAGUACUACCGAUCGAAUGGUGUAAGUCAAGAUAUAUUAGUGUUUCAUUAACGCCACGACAGUUUUGUGCAGGUUUCAAAGAAGGUGGAAGAGAUUCCUGUCAGGGUGAUUCGGGUGGCCCUUUUGUAAUCAAUGGAACCCUUUAUGGUAUAAUCUCCUGGGGAUUUAAUUGUGCCUCGCCCGGUUAUCCUGGAAUAUACGUAAAUGUAGCAGUUCUUCGAGAUUAUAUACAGCAAAAUUCUGGUAUUUAAAAACGAUUCAAUAAAUUUAUUCAGCUCUA